UGUACGUUUUUUACUCUAGCUAGCUUCACGCAGGUUCCGCGUGUUGAUACUGAAGAGAGAGGAUCGAGCAGAAACAAGUUUGUCGCAUCGCAGAGACACAAACUCAGGCUAAAACCAGAGGAAAAUGGACAUGAAGAAGCGGGUUUCGUUAGAGCUGAGGCACCGGUCGCCGACAGAAGUCACAGAGCUGGUUCUGGACAACUGUCGCUCCGGCGAGGGAAAGAUCGAAGGAAUCACGGAAGAGUUCUCGAACCUGGAGCUGCUCAGCCUCAUCAACGUCGGCCUGACCAGCGUAGCGGACGUCCCCAAACUGGACAAACUCAAAAAGUUGGAGUUGAGUGACAACAGGAUAUCGGGCGGUCUGGAGGUCCUGGCGGAGCGGCUGGUCAGCCUAACGCACCUCAACCUCAGUGGGAAUAAGUUCAAAGACAUCAGCACCCUGGAGCCCCUGAAAAAGUUGCCCCAGCUGAAGAGUCUGGACCUGUUUAACUGCGAGGUGACCAACCUGGCGGACUACAGGGAGUCCAUCUUUAAGCUCCUCCCCCAGCUCAUCUACCUGGACGGCUACGACAUCGAUGACUGCGAGGCGUCCGACUCGGACGGCGAGGGAGACGGGGUCGAAGACGAAGAAGAGGGCGAGUCGGAGGACUUUGAGGAAGAGGAGGAAGAGGACGAGGAAGACGUCGUGGCGGAGGAAGACGACGACGACGACGACAGCGCUGACGACGAGGACGGAGAGGUGAACGGAGACGUGGACAGCGAGGACGAUGACGAAGAUGAGGACGACGAAGACGACGAUGACGAGGACUCGUCUCCGGUCAAAGGAGAGAAGAGGAAGAGGGAUCCCGAAGACGAAGAUGAAGACGAAGAAGACGAUUAAAGACGCACAAAGAAAAAAAAAACCCGCAAACCCCUCUGACCUCUCGCCCGGUGACCCCUCCCUUCCCCCCUUCCUCUCCUCUUCCUCCUCCUCCUCCUCUGCCACUCCGUUGACUCUCCGGCCUCGUUUCAUUUCUGAAACUGGCCGCUGCACCUCCGUCAUUUCCUGCUGACCCAAAACACCGAUAUCUCCUUUUUUUUUUUGUUCUUCUUCAGCUUUUUUUUUUUUUUUUCUCAAAAGUUUGUCACGAUCUGUGAAGUUCAAGCUUUUUUAAAAAAUCCAAAAAUUAUUCCUCAACAGCAUUGACGAGCAAAAACGUCCAAUAACAUUGAAUACGUUUCUUACAAUCGCCUCCUUCCUGUUGAUAUAAUAAUUAUUAUUAUUAUUAUUAUUAUUAUUAUUAUUAUUAUUAUUAUUAUUAUUACUUUCUCGCAUCCGUGUGUUCGUGGCGGCCCAUUCUAACGCCUAUCCAUCUCCAGACUCCCCAAAAUGUGUUUAAUCUGCAGAUCGUCGUCUGGAUUCACCGUUUGGUCUAUAAAUUGUCCGAAUUUUGUGGAAAAUGUAUGAUUUCUCGGAGCAGAAAAGUGACAACUGUUUUCUUUGGUGUUUAGUCCAACCAAACGACCUAAAAACUCGGAUAUUCGGUUAACAUUUUAGAAUCCGAAACCGGCGAAUAUUACUUCAUUAUCACACUUAUUACCCGUAAACACUCUGCCAAUCGACCUCUCGAUAACACGGCUGAUCGUUUUCCGAGACGCUGCACAUCGUCUCUCUAUGAUAACAAAGUUCAGAGGGACAUUGGAGCAUCCAUGAAGGGCCUCUUUAACACGAACACGACUUGUUUUUUUUUGGUUGUUGUUUUUUUUCAGACUAUUAAGGACCAACUGACUAAACAAUGUCCUUUCACGAAAGAAACGGCUUAUUCAUUCAUCUGGUGUUAAAUCUGACAAAGAUUAUGUAGGGGAAAAAGGCCUUUUUGUGGCUGUUAAAAAGUCUGUCAUCUGCUUUUUCUGCCAACCAAAAAAACGUGGUAUUUUGUGACCAUUUGAACUUAAAAUUCCUUCUCCGUUAACGAGAAGUAAAGUCGUGAGAAGAAGAUCCCGAAGGAAGCCUCGAAGCGACAGCGAGAUAUUGAGUUUAUCGAUCGAUUCUGGACUCUAAAACACGAGCGCGAGUUCUCUUUUUUACUUUUUUCAUCACGAGGAAAGUUCGCCACACAAAUCAAAAAUCGACUUUGUGUUUGUCAAUGAAAUCUCGACAUCUGAAAGUUUUCGUAUACAAUCGUGGAAUUUCGUGAACGCGAGUUGCGUCUGCGGAAAAGGGGACGGAGCAAGCUUUUGGGAUGCAGAAGAUCGACAUGGGUCCUUUCUUUUUUUUCUUUUUUUUCGGCUUCACCGUCUUUAAAGAACAUGUUUGGGGGGAAAAAAAGGCUUUUUUUGUGGCUGUUUUAAGUCGUCUGGUUUUUCUGCCCACCAAAAAAAAGUGGUAUUUUGUGACCAUUUCAACUUGAAAUUCCUUCUCCGUUAACCCUUGUAUCGUCUUCCUGUCAACCAUGAAAACAAACGCUUUUGUUGUCCCUAUCUCAAGGUUUUAGUGGCUUUUUUUUCUAAGUUUUUUUUCUUCUUCAAUGUUUGGGUCCCUUUUUUUCAAAAUUUGUUGUA